CGGAAUUGCCACUGAACAUUUUAGCCUUCCCCAUUCCAACAAACACCGUAUAUAUCUUCAACGGUUCACCGCCAUUUUCAGUUUCACCAUCUCACUCUUCUCUCAGCGUCUCCAUGAAUCUCGGAACCUGCGCUGCGGGUGCACCGUACCGAUGGGUGCACCUCCUUCAACAGCAAGGAAGAGGAAAGCGAGGAUGUGUGACAGUGAGAGUGAGAGGGAGCGCAGGAGAAUCCUCGUACCUUGACAUGUGGAAGAAAGCGGUGGAGAGAGAGAGAAAAACCACAGAGUUCAGCAGAAUCGCUGAUCAUGCCUAUCACUCUGACGGCGCUGUUGAGAACGAUUUCCAGAAGAAAACCACCGAUUUCGAGAGGCUUCUCGAAGUUUCCCCCGAAGAGCGCGACAGGGUUCAGAGGAUGCAGGUCAUUGAUCGCGCCGCAGCCGCAAUCGCCGCCGCCAGGGCCAUUCUUAAGGAACGCAGUGACGCCGAUUCCGACACUGCUACUAAUCAACGAGCCGAAUCAGGUUUGGGCAUGGGAUUGCAGAAUGGGGGCAUUCUCGUGCCAGAGUCAGGAACUAGGAGAGAUGGUGUACCUGGCCCUGAUUUUUGGUCGUGGUCACCCCCGGUUGAUGUGCCUUCAGAUAACGCCGGUGGGUUGCAGUUAGAUCGUAAAUCUUCAGUUAAUUCAAACUUGCCCAAUCCUGUUGCAGAGAAGGAACGGUUGCCACAAUAUCUCUCUAUUCCGUUUGAGAGUUUAUUUCCUCAAAGCCAGCACAGUGCUACUCUUCCACCCUUGCAGUCAUCUUUAGAGGUUGAAGCCUCCACCUCCAGUCUAGAGUCACCUUCCUUGGAAGAGGAACAGAGUCGUGGUGCAUUAUCUUCUGGCUAUGCAGCUGAAGCAGCUCGUGCCCUUAGUGAGGCCAGUCAAUCAUCACCCAUUGGAUUUAAUCCGGAUGGAUCGAGAUGGUGGAAAGACACAGGAAUGGAGCGAAGACCUGAUGGUGUUAUUUGCAGAUGGACAAUGACAAGAGGUGUUAGUGCUGACAAAGCUAUUGAGUGGCAAGAGAAGUUCUGGGAGGCUUCUGACGAGUUUGGCUAUAAGGAACUUGGUUCUGAGAAAUCAGGACGUGAUGCUAAUGGAAAUGUUUGGCGUGAAUUUUGGAGAGAAUCCAUGCGCCAGGAAAAUGGGUUUAUGCAUAUUGAGAAAACUGCAGACAAGUGGGGAAGUAAUGGUAAAGGUAAUGAGUGGCAUGAAAAAUGGUGGGAACACUACAAUGCGUCUGGUCAAGCAGAAAAGUGGGCACACAAGUGGUGUAGUAUUGAUCCCAACACCCUCCUUGAUCCUGGGCACGCGCAUGUUUGGCAUGAAAGGUGGGGUGAAACAUAUGACGGGCAUGGUGGCAGCAUAAAAUACACUGACAAAUGGGCUGAACGCUCAGUGGAUGGUGGAUGGGAGAAAUGGGGUGACAAAUGGGAUGAAAAUUUUGAUCUAAAUGGAACUGGUGUGAAGCAGGGUGAGACCUGGUGGGAAGGUAAGCAUGGAGAGCGCUGGAACCGAACUUGGGGCGAACAACACAAUAGUUCUGGUUGGGUUCACAAGUAUGGGAAGAGCAGCAGUGGGGAACACUGGGAUACACAUGUAAUGCAAGAUACGUGGUAUGAGAGAUUCCCUCAUUAUGGUUUCUUUCACUGCUUUGAAAACUCCGUCCAGCUCAGGGAAGUUCCAAAACCAUCUGAAAUACAGGAAACUUAAAUUUGCAGAAACUUCUACCUGAGAUACUAUGGCGUUUUCUUUUCUUGAAGGCAGAGAUACAGAGACCUUAAUCUGCCGAAACCAUCUGAAAUGCCGAGGAGACCUUAAUCUCCUCCACCACCCUAUCUUUAAUAAUCAUAUUUGACGGUGUUCUGAAUAUGGAAAUACGCAAACUUGUGUGAUAAAUUGAUGAUCAUAUCAAGCUCUUCUGUAAGUGUAAGGACUGAAUAGUGUUUUCCUUGUUUCCAAUACAUCAGCAAAAUAUAUUUAUACACGUAUUUCUUUCC